CGUCAAAAGUGUGGCGACACACUACUCAGCAGAGUGAACGGAGACAGUGUUAUACGGGAGGUCACAGGACCUGAGUUGAUGGUGAUGAUGGAGGAACAUCAGGAGUCAGUGGAUGUUUCCAGUAAAAUAUGUCUUGGUGCCAGAUAUCCACAGGAAUACCAUCUUUUGCCACAGGAACAUCAGGGUAGAAACAUGUCCACCUUUAAAACUGAACCUGUAUGUGAGGAUGAAAUGAAUCUUCAGAAGUAUAAGGAGCAGAGGACGCCUUUGGACAUUACACGAUAUGCUUCCAGUAAAAUUUGUUUUGGUGCCAGAUAUCCACAGAAGAUCCAUCUUUUCCCACAACAACCUCAGGGUAGAAACAUAUCCAUCAUUAAAGCUGAAUCUGUAUAUGAAGAUGAAAUGAAUCUUCAGAAGUGUAAGGAGCAGAGGAUGCCUUUGGACAUUGCACAAGAUGUGCUCAGGAAAAAGUGUCUUGGUUCUGGAAAGCCACAGGAAAACCAUCAGAUCCCAAAGGAGCAUCAGAGUAGAAACAUGGCCACCAUUGAAUUGAUAGAUAAAGAGGUUGUGACUCCUGUUGAAGUCAUGCCAGAUGUAUCCGGUACGGUAAUAAAACAAAUGCCUCUCUGUCCUAAAAAGGCUCAAAGGAUGAGAAAACCUAUCAAGUCUGAAAUUCUGAGGUUUGGGAAAGCAGAGAGGAGAUUGCAAAUUGAAGUGGAGGACCAUUAUAUGGGUGAUGAAUUUCUUUGCAAGGAGGAAAAGCAGUUCUCGUAUAUUAGCACAGAUGGAUACAGUCAAAGCAAAGCACCAGAGAGAUGUUCACAGAAAUAUACAGAUUAUCGCUAUGUCCCACAGGAUGAUGAGGCUCUGAACCUGACUUCUUAUGAGAAGAAUAUUUUACACUCAAGGAUGAAAGUAAACGCUCUCAAUCCAGAUGGAUCCAGUAGCAGAAGUAGACCUGACUCCGAUUGUUCGGACGAUUACAGGACCACAGAGGACUGCCAGAUGGAUUGCCUAGAGGAUGGAACAGAUGAGACCAUAUCACAGAGUGACAGCGAGGAAGACCUAUAUCUAACAGCUGACCAGAGGGUUAAGCAAGAGCAUGCUAAGGAAAGAGAGUACAAUAUAGGUUAUGACGUUACAUAUGACUGCAGUGAAGAGAUGUAUCACUCAGCUACAACAUCCAGAGCCACAAGCUUCAUAUCAAAUUGUGAGGCGUUCGGCGGAAAAGUUGUGGAGGCAAAACAAUUUAUAUGUUCAGAAUGUGGGAAAAGUUUUAGCCUUUAUUCUUACCUCACCAAGCAUCAGCGAUCUCAUUCUGGGGAGAAGCCGUUUUCCUGCCUUCAGUGUGGCAAAUGUUUUACUUAUAAACCAAGUCUUGUUAGUCAUCAACGGGUUCAUACCGGGGAAAAGCCAUUUUCUUGCACUGAAUGUGGGAAACUGUUUUCCAGUAAAUUCAAUCUAAAAAUGCAUGAGAAAAUCCACACGGGAGAUAAGCCAGUAGUCUGCCCAGCUUGCGGGAAGUGUUUCAGCAAUAAUCCAGCUCUUGUGAAGCAUUUGAGGAUUCACACAGGUGAAAAGCCAUUCUCCUGUCAGGAGUGUGGCAAGUUUUUCUCCAGCAAGUCUGGUCUUAAUGCCCACCUUAUCAUCCACACAGGCGAGAAACCAUAUAUGUGUUCAGAAUGUGGGAAAUCUUUUGCCAACCAUUCCAACCUUAUUUCACACCGGAUUAUCCACACAGGAGAGAAGCCGUAUGUAUGCCCUGAGUGCGGCAAAGGUUUUGCCAACCAGUCCAACCUUGCCAAACACAAAGUGAUUCACACAGAGGAAAAACCAUUUCUGUGCAUGGAGUGUGGAAAGUUUUUUACCCGGAAGGGAAGCCUUGACAAACAUCGAAUGAGAAUUCACGAAAAGAUGAAAUUAGUUUAGUUAUUGCUAGAAUUCUAAAUAACAAAAUGUUAGUGUCACCUGAAAUACAUGGCCCCCACUUUUGUUUUAGUCUAGCUUUUUCAUAAGUUUUAUGAGUUCCACCGCAAUCACGUAGAUCAAAAACAAUAGGCAGAUAUAGACAUUCAUUCAACUGUUUAAGUGCUUAUUCUUGUCUGCAGGGGGCAAUAUGCUUGGCCAAAUAGUGAACAGGAUUGGAAAACAACAACCACUUUUGAAAUAGGAAUUCGGGUUGUCACUUCCCCUACUCCCCUGUGCAGUACAAACAAAGUGCAAUACCUUGCAGAAAGCAACAAUGAGCCGAGGAAGAAAAAUUGGUGCGCAAGGAUCUUGGGUAUUUAGUGAUAACAUUGACUUUCCCUUGGCACUGGGCUGUGUUCCACUGAUCACAUCAGAUGUAGCUGGAAUCAUAUUUGGAGGGGCAGCUCCUCUCAUUCAUGGAAAAAAACUUGGAGUAAGCUGGAGCCAGACUACAUUACCAACAUCUGAUAAAAACUUGAGGAACAAUGCAGACUUGGAGGGAGGAUAUCUUCUCUUAAAAUUUGUUCCAGACUCUUCCAGUCUCUAUCGUCAUGGAAAAGUUAAUCGGAGAUGUUAUAAACUGUGCGAAAAAAGUCGCCCCCUCCCUCAUACCUUUUUUAGCAGGUUCCACAAUCCUAUUUAAAAUAAAAAAAAGAUUUUUAUAUUUUUAUUAACUAAAUUUUCAAAAGGGCAAAUAGAUGGAAACAGGCCCAUUUUCUUAGAGAAAAUGAACAGUCAAUCUGACAUGGCUCCAGGACCAGAAAACAUUGGCUCCACUUUAUAUAGUUCUGGCAAUCAGGGUCCUACAUGCCCACAGUCUGGCAAACACUAAAAAAUGAUCAGGAUACAACUUGGGCUUCCAACGGUUAAACUUGGUGACUUUUGGUUACUUUACAUACACAUAAAUAUGUGUAUUUAUGAGUGAAAUAGGUAGGGUAGUGUCUUGUGGGUUUUCAUACAUUUAUGUAGAAAUUAAAUGUAAUUUAAAAAAAAUUACAAGUCUUACCAAGCCAUCAAGAAAACUGGGGGAGAUUCUCAAAAACUUCUGUAAUUUCUGUUUCUGCGAUAUUAUUCACACCUUUUUUUUUUCUCCUCACAUUUUCAAAUGUCUUUUGACUGCUUUGAAAAUAUUUCUUUGUUGUUGCAGCCGUAUUGAAUAUUUUUUUGCGCCAAAAUUGACGUUUUUCUCGUCAAAUUUUACAUCCCAGAAAAUUCUGUCGGAAACAUCUCACAAAAUAUUCCAUGGUUACUAGUGUCCAGUUAAGCGAUAACUGUUUUUUUGUUUUACAUUUUUCAAUAAUUAUUUAUUUUUCUAAUGACUUAAAUGACACCCUUUCAAAAAAAAUAAAUAAAUAAACAAUAAACCAAAAACCAUUUCUUUGAUUUCUACACUACUGGGGUGACAUUUUUUAUGUAAACUGGAUUUUGACCCCUUUGAAAAUAUCAUGUAAAGCGGACAAUAUAUGUGGACACGCCCACUUUUACAAAACUGAUGUGAACGGUGUAAACCACAGCACAAAGCUCUUUGAAAAUACUUUUUUGGCGCAAAAUUCUUUGAUAAUCUCCCCCAAUGUCUAUUAUCAUUGUAUUCUAUUAAGGAUAUUCCUUUUUUUUUUUUUCUUUUUUUAAACAUCAAAAUUUGUAUCAUACAUUUUGUGUGUUUGUGAAUAAAUUAUAAAGGGAGAACAGGGAUGUUCUGAUGUUGGCUCUGAACAGUUGAAUUUAGACCUUGGGAUCCAUGGGAUAAUAAAGAAGUUAGUUUAUGGUAAAUAAUACAGAAAAUGAAGGGGAAAAGUUGUUACAGCCCUGAUUUACACUCAAAGAUGAAAAAACAUAAUGCAUCAUGCUAUGUCUUAGGUAGUUACGUAAAUGAUUAUAGGUGUCGUAUGGUUAGACACUGGGUCCUACCACAAGAGGAUGUACGAGUACUUUUCUUUUCCCUGCUGUAUUAU